UUGAGAAAUCUUUCAACUAUUCUGAAAGGCGGGCAAAGUGCUGGCUUCCUUUGUCAGGGAUCAAGAAUGUAGUCGGAUUCUUCGCACCUCCCCAGCCAACUUCAGGGAAAACAAAUUGAAAAGCAAAGGACCAGGACGUCAUGCUGAGUCACAUGUCCUUCUUGUUUGCCUGCAUAACCUUGGCAAGUCAUGUCAUAGGACACGCGAAUGGUCAAGGGCCAAACCGGUUGAAACUAACUGUCCUCUCGGAAGACAGGCUACAGAUGAAAUGGAAAGAAACAGAAGGGAACACCAACGGGUAUAAGAUCCAAGUGAAGCCCAUGGCAGGUGACCCAGAACAGGAAGUCAUGCUGAAAACCAAAACAUCUAAGGCAACAGUGGGGGGGCUGAGCCCCACGAAGGAAUACACUCUGCAAAUCUAUGUGCUCAAUGGCUCCCAAGAAGCCCUGUUUGCUAAAAGGAAAUUUGUGAUUCAGGAGCUGAAAAACGUCUCGCAGGCUAGAAAUACCCGAAAGAACAGAGAGACCUCCCCAGGAAAGAGCAUCACCCCUUUGAGAAAUACAGCAACUGAGCACAUUCCAGCGGCUAAGACAAUGUCACUGCCUCCGAGUGAAACCUCAACAAAGACCGCAAAAGACAGACCUGACAAGAGAAGACAGAAGGCAGCAGUAUCCAAGGACUCAAGUGAAACCCUCGGAAGGAAACCCAACACCAUGUUCAGUGUGACAGAAACACCGACAAUGCUGAAAACAACUUUGCGCAGCCCCACAAAAUCUGAGCGAGGAGAUCUAGGCCAAGAAAAACACACAAAGGAAACUUUAAAGAGAGGUCCUCAGUUUCAAUGUGACACAUCGGCCACAACUGAUAUCGUCCUGCUGGUGGAUGGGUCUUGGAGUAUUGGACGUGGCAACUUCAAGCUUGUCAGGGAGUUCCUGAGCACCUUGGUUUCACCAUUCAAUAUUGCCCGGGAUAAGAUAAGGAUAGGUUUGUCCCAGUACAGCAGUGAUCCACGGACAGAGUGGAACCUGAACACCUACAUCACAAGGGACGAGGUGUUAGAGGCAGUGAGGAACCUGCGAUAUAAAGGCGGCAACACUUUCACAGGCCUCGCUUUGACCCAUGUCCUAGAACAAAAUCUGAAACCUGAAGCUGGUGCCAGGUCAGAUGCAGUCAAGCUGGUGAUCCUCUUGACUGACGGAAAAUCACAGGAUGAUGCCAGCCGGUCUGCCCAGACCUUGAAAAAUAUUGGCAUAGACAUAUUCGCCAUUGGGGUGAAAAAUGCAGACGAGGCAGAGCUGAGACAGGUGGCGUCAGAGCCCCUGGAGCUCACUGUGUAUAACGUGCUGGAUUUCCCCCUGCUCAGCUCGCUGGUCAGCAGGCUCACCCGGGUCUUGUGCACCAGGAUCAAAGAGAAGCACAAGAGUGAAAACACAAGCAGUCCUGUGAAAGCUGUCUCAGCCAACACUGGUCCCCAUCUGAGUCCCACCAACCUUAUGAUAUCAGAGGUGACCUCCAGAAGCAUGCACCUUUCCUGGACUCCUCCGCUGAGACCACCAAAGAAAUAUAGGAUUGUAUAUUACCCAUCCCGGGGAGGAAUCCCCAAAGAGGUAGUUUUAGAUGGAUCUGCCUCCUCCACCCAGCUUGUCAAUUUGACCUCACACACGGAAUACCUGGUUUCAGUGUUUCCUAUUUAUGAAAAUGCCGUUGGAGAUGGGCUGAGGGGCAUCACUUCGACAUCUUUGUCACCACCCCUUUCCCUGAGAGUGUCUGAAGUGAGCCAUAACCAUCUAAGACUGAGCUGGCAGCCAGCAAGUGGAGCUACUCAAUACCUGGUGCUCUGUUCAUCAGCCCCCAGUGGAGCGGAGGAUGAUACCAAAGAGGUGAAAGUGGAACAACCUGAGGUUCUGUUGGACGGGCUGUCUCCCAGCACUGAGUACUCCGUAGCGGUGUACGCCAUGUACGGGGAAGAGGCGAGUGAUCCAGCCAGCCUCCAGGAAACCACCCUGGCAUUGAGCCCUCCUAGACACCUGAGUUUCUCUGAGGUCAACCAUGGAUCUGUCAAGGUCAGCUGGACCGCAGCUUCGCGUGCUGUGAGAGCUCACCGUGUGACCUACAUCUCAAGCAGAGGGAGCAAUUCUGGAGAGGUCGAAGUUCCCAGCAGUGCAUCAUCCACUGUGCUGAGACCUCUGUCUUCUCUGACCCAGUACUUCAUUAAUGUCAGCUCUAUUUAUAACGAAGGCGAAUCCUUUCCGCUUACAGGCAAUAUUACCACAUUAAAGGUUCCACCACCAAGUGGCCUGAAGGUGACUGAGCUCUCAGGAAACAAUGUCCAGUUGCAAUGGGAAGCAGCCGCUGCCUCUGAUGUCCUGGUUUAUCAGAUUAAAUGGAAUGCACGUGGAGAAGAGAGCUCCCAGGAGCUGUCUGUUGCUGGGAACCUGGCUGUUGCCAGCUUACCAGGAUUGAAAAAGAACACAGAAUACCAGAUAUCCAUCUGGGCAUAUUACAAGGAUGGAGCUCGAAGCGACACUGUCUCUAUUCUGCACAAAACCACUUCCCAGAGCCCGCCCACCAACCUCGUUAUAGACUUGGAGACCCCCAAUAGCCUUCAGAUCCACUGGAGACCCCCUGGCAGCCACAUACAGUACUACAGAGUAACCUAUGCUCCUGAAUCUGAUGACAGCGCUCAGCAAACAACAAUAGUUUCUGGUAAAAGCAGCGGAGUGACCCUGCAGUCACUGCUUCCCAAUACAGAAUAUAAGGUGAUGGUUUCUGCUGUCCAUGACACAGGAGAGAGUGACGCUGUAUCCACUACUGGCCAAACUGGUAGACAAAUCACUUCUGCCUUGGCUAAAUUGCCCUCAGCACAAGGCUCCGUUCCCUUCAAAACAGAGGCUUGCCCCACUAUCAGUUCCAUCGAAGGCUCUCUGCAAGGAUUUGACAUGAUGGAGGCUUUUGGACUGGUGGAAAAAGAAUAUGCCUCCAUUAAAGGAGUGGCCAUGGAACCAUAUGUGUUCAGCGGGACCCGUACUUACACUCUCUUCAGAGAUAUUCAGCUAACCCAGAGAACAAGUGAAGUGCUUCUCUCUGGGAUUCCGUCUGUGCACACCAUCAGCAUCCUCCUCCGGCUCCUUCCGGAGGCUCCCAAAGAGCCCUUUGCCGUGUGGCAGCUAACAGAUGAGGACUUCCAGCCACUCCUUGGGGUUAUACUUGACUCCAGUAAGAAAUCCUUGACCUAUUUCAAUCAUGACUACAAGGCUGAUUUACAGGAAGUCACCUUUGACCAACGGGAAGUGAAGAAGAUAUUCUAUGGGAGCUUUCAUAAGGUGCACAUAGCUGUGAGCCAUUUCAGGAUCAAACUCUACUUGGACUGUAAGAAAAUAGCAGAGAAACCAAUCAAUGCUAUGGGAAGCGUCUCCACAGCUGGCUUCAUCAUGCUAGGAAAACUGACAGGAACCAGAGGACCCAGGAGUGGGUCAGCAGCGUUCCAGCUGCAGUCUUUACAGAUUGUUUGCAGUGACUCCUCGGCAGAGGAAGAUAGAUGUUGUGAUGUCCCGGCACUGAGAAAUGAAGAGACCUGCCCUACCUUGACUCCUUCCUGCACCUGCACUUCAGGUAUCCCAGGCCUGCCAGGUCCUCCAGGGCCCCCUGGCAGUCCUGGGAGAAGAGGACCGCAAGGGGAACAAGGGGAACCAGGGCCGAAGGGUGAGCCAGGUCCUCCAGGACAAGCCGGACCAGAGGGUCCUGGUGGACAACAAGGGUCACCAGGCUCCCAAGGAAUCACCAUGCAGGGUCCAGUGGGGCCACCAGGAAUUAAAGGGGAGAAAGGAGACACUGGAAUCCCAGGCAUGCAGGGUAUUCCUGGUGUCCAGGGAGCUCCAGGCAGAGAUGGCAUUCAGGGUGCAAAGGGGAUGAGAGGACUGGAAGGCACAGCAGGGCCUCCGGGGCCACCAGGACCCAGGGGUUUCCAAGGAAUAACAGGUUCCCGAGGCAGUAGCGGAGAGCGAGGACCUCCAGGUGAUGUUGGACCCACUGGUCUGCCUGGUCCAAAGGGGGAAAGGGGAGAGAAAGGUGAACCACAAUCCCUGGCCACAAUUUACCAGCUGGUUAGCCAGGCUUGUGAGCAGAUGAUUCAGACUCAUGUGUUGAAAUUCGACUCAUUCAUCCACGAACAUACGAGGAAGCCAGUUCCUGUGUGGGAUGACACAUUGAAGCCAGGAGGACCUGGACGACCAGGUCUUCCAGGUAUCGCUGGUACUAAAGGAGAAAGAGGAGAAGACGGUAUCCCAGGACAGCCAGGCAAAGAUGGGUAUCCUGGGGAAAGAGGAGGACCAGGAGCCAAGGGUGAGAAAGGAAUGGCUGGAGCCAGGGAGGAAGGAGGCCAGGGACCAAGAGGACGCGCAGGCCUUCCAGGAGAACAAGUCAUAGGGGACCCGGGUCUGAAGGGUUCCCCUGGGAGCACUGGUCCUCCAGGUUUUCCUGGUGCCAGAGGCCAUCCUGGAGCACCUGGCUACCCAGGUGGUUGUGAUAUCUCUGGAUGCUACAGGGCAAGCACAAGAGAUUUCAUCCCAUGAUGACUGAGGCAUGGGCUACCUUGGACAGGGCUCUGUCCUUUGGAAACUUCUGCAUUAAGCUUCUAUCUAGCCAGAGCGUAACUGCAACUUCAACACCCAAUACAAAGUUCCCCCCGGUUGCACUGGAUUUUUGUACGGAAGCACAGAACUCUAAACUAAGCAUAAAACACUACCCACAAAACCAGACUGUAUGCAGCAAGUACCUAGUCAUCCCCUCUCACCUGUAUUUCUAUAUUAUCUGAACCAUUUUGCAUUGGACAGUUGGUGUGUCUGAACUGCUGUCAGGUGUCCCACAACAGGGUAAAGAAAUACAGUCUGAGGUUCAGGCUGUUAAGCCAAAAGUAGCACUAACGGUAUAUGAAAUGUUCAAAAAGAGUCUGGAGCAAUGGCUCGUGUUUGUCCACUUAUGCUUUAUUUUUUCAGCCAUUAUUGUGGGUCACCAGUAGCUGAGCAGAACAGUACAAGGUACCAAAAAAUGCAAAUCCGUACAAUGGGGGGAUUCCAUUGGCACCCCACUGCCAUGUUAGCUGUGGGGUGCCAAUGGAAUAAAGUCUAAUACUAUUGCUACUGCUUCUGCCUUUGGCACAAUAUUGAAGUCUUCCUCCCAGUUUCAUUAUAUACAUGACUAUCAUUGGACUAUGGAAUCACCUUUGCAGAGGAACAGUGAAAGCCCAGGUGCCUAGUCUCAUUUUAUACAUAUCAAGCAAAGUACUAGAAAAUAGAGCAUUUGUGCAUUAAUAAGGGAUAGCCUAGAUAACCCCUUGGCCUUCUCCAUGUCUGCCUUCUAGGCACAUAGUAACAGUUUUCCAUUGUAUCCCAUCACAUACUGCAUAGCCAUAGGCCUCACUUUUAUCAAUAGGAUACUAGAGGUAUUUGUUAUUGUCUGACAUUCUAAUUGUACAGGCCUUAAUUGUUCACAUUCAUACCAAAUUUAUAUUGAUACUAGUAAUGCAAUGCCUUAAUGGUAAUUGUUUGUUAUUUUAUAUUGUACCAGCUUGUAUUGGUCCCAGACCCGAGCUACAUUGUAACUGCUUUCAAAUAAUUGCUCCUGAACCUGGGUUAUUGACACAAAGACAAUCAAGUUCUGUAA